UGUCUUGCACCGCCUCUGGUGAGGUAUGCGCCCACCCACGACAAGGAACCGCCGACUUCCCCGUCGACCGCCUUUUUCGGUAUUUGGCAGCAGCAAGGCGCAAAACCUACUUUUGAUCCAUGUCGCUCUCAGCGCAACCAACAAUUUACCGCCGACAGAGUCCAGCCCCAGAAUAGUUCAGUGUCCAGAAUAUUCCGGCGUCCAGGCCCAUGAUGCAACCAAGACAGGAAGAGAGUUGUGCCAGAUUAGGCAUAUCUUUGCGGUCGUCCAGCACGUGCACUCCGUCCUGGCAGGCCCUCGAUAGCCGCAAGCCGCGAGCCACUCGGAUCUGUCCAAGGGUUCCCCGGCCAACCCCCAUUGCCCUCGAGGCUGCGCUGGUCGACCCAAAGCCGGGCUACAAUCUGCUCGACAUUGCGGAGACACCAUCCGCUCGAGAUUGGCGAAAUGCCGCCGUUUUCCACGGAACCGGGUCGAGGCGGGUGAGCGACUGCCAAUUCACAGUACCGACGUGUACGUACCCAGUUCCCCCCCCCCUGUCGGCAAGCGACAGACAGCCUUAUUUAUGUCGCUUAGACUUCCCCCGUACUGCUCCAAAAAUGCCCCUAUUUUUCAUUGGCCAGAAGUCGAGGCCUGGUCGGGACUUUGUGAUGCCAUGCCGAGACGGAACCAUGUCCAUCUUCCGGGGCCAAUUCUAUAGGCUGGACACGUCAUUCAACUGCCACCAUAUACCUCCGACGGUCCGACUUCUCUUUCGGGCGCGGUACAUGCGGAGUGCUUGGUAUCCCCCCCACACGCCCACCCGUUACGUCGGGGUUUGUAUGCACAUAUUCCAGGCCCUGUCAACUCACCCCAGUGGCCGGGAACUUGCAUUGCCUUUCGUCGGAUCAAGAUUUGGCAUGCGUGUUGCCCAAGCAUGUCCGUGAAGAACCGCCUGACCGCUAUAUACCUCAAUCUUUCCGUGGCCAUCUAACCCACCAAAACUGUCAAGUAUCUUGGGUACCGCAGGGAACAAUCAAUGCUAGCACCAGUACAUUGGACUAUUAUGCCAGCGCAAACUGGUCAUUUCCGGCAGGCUUGCCUCCCAAGUGCGAUUCCAGGUCGAGGACACCCAGAUAAUACCAGGAAGAGUCUAGACCAGAUUAGCGUGAUGGUCUCCCCUGCCACACCGCGCAGGGCCCGACCCUGUCCGAGACCAUCACAUGUAUCUACCUUGAGGUUCUGCUAUUUGCGAGGCUCGGCGGGUGACACUGGCUCCAGUUGCGCGGGGAAGGGCCUCGCUACGGGCUGCCGCCACAAACAUGUUCAAGCUGGACGCCGCAUCCACGUCCCAUUUUGACCUUCAGAGGCUUUUGAACUGCCCAAUGGGUUGGCUGUUG